AAAAAAACUUGACUCAAAAUUUUGAUUUGUCUGAUCUUUCGAUGGAUUUACAGAAUAUAACCAACCGACAUGCUUUUAAUCACUUAUAAGUCCUUAGUAGUAUAAAUAACAUAUUCAAGGAAUGAGAUGAUUUGCGCCACCAGACAGAGCAGUCGUGUGUUAAGAUGUUUAAUGCUUUGGCCACUAUGUCCCAAGCUGAGGUUAUAUCACCAGCUGACUGCACAGGAAACACAAGUUGCUUUGAGACCUUUCUAUUUUGCAGUACAUCCAGAUUUAUUUGGACAGUUUCCAGUAGAACGUAAAGUUAAUGAGGAGUCACUGAAGAAGUUAAGUGAACACAUUCAGACCAUCCAAACAGGGGGACACACCAGACAAAACACAAUCGCAUUCUAUUUCAGGAAUAUAAAGCAGAAAAACUCAGGGAUCUUUCAGAGAGUAGAGAUAAAGCUAAAGGCUGAUCUGAGGGAGACAAUUGUGGAGCUUUUACGUAUGUGUGGUCUUUCAUUGGAGUUCAUUGACUCAAUUCAAAGAAAUGGCAAUAAAUCGAGAAUUCCGAGGCAGAUGUUUGGCACUUCACAAUGGAUUAGGGAAUGGGAAAAACAGUUUCACCAAGAAGAUGCCAAAGAGAAUACAAAAUCACACUUAGGAUCAUGGUUGCAGAGAAAUGUACCACGUGCCAAAGAAAAUGCCAUAAAUAACCAACCAAUCAGAAAGGAGACUGAGAAGUUGAAAAGGAUGCUGAUUGAGGAAUUAGGUUUAAUUGAUAUUGUGUGGGACUCUGAUUGGAGAUACUGUCACUUUAUCGCCUGUUUGAAGAGCUUUUAUCGCUUAUUAGCUGAACAACCAGUUACUAUGAAAGCUUUGCGAGGAAGGUGUCUCAUAUUUACACAGGUGACUGGGGUGAGCAUACAUGGGAAUGUUCUCCUGGGAAAGGAAGAGGUUCCACACAAUUGGUUCAAGAUGAUAACCAACAUAAAACAGUUCAGAGAUAUUAUUGAAGUUAUUCCUACGUAUGAGGAAAUGUUGAGCAGCUAUUUGAAUAACGUAGAGAUCAAGCAACAUAGCAGUGACCCCCAUGCUUUGCUCUACCUUAAGCAGCUCCAGACCCUGGUUGGUUCAUUAAAGAAGCAUCACUAUGAUGGAGAUGACCCUAAGCUACUGGGAGACUGGAGCUACUUGCAACUUGUAGUUGAAAGUGGUGCUGGACCAUUGUCUCUCUCCCCAAGUGGUCAGUUUUCUGUGCCCACAUCAUGCCCAGCCUCUCUAGUCAUUGCCUUCCUCAUGCAGAACAGGAAUACUGCCCAAGAGCGCAUCCACAAACAAAAACUGCUCAACAUUGAAGAAAAGUCCAUUAUUGAACAGUGUGUGUAUGAACUUGAGCUUCAUUCAUUAAAGAAAGAGAAUAACAUAUCCUCUGCUGAUAUGAUAUAUUGCUGCAGAAGGUUGCAUAAACUGUACAUGUCUGAGAUGGCAUCAAAUGUGCAGUUACUACAAGGUGCUAAUAUAAAUGUCUCAACUUACUAUGCUGUACAGCAGGAUGGAACGCUUACAGUCCCAUGGAAUUGGACAGACCUAUAGGUCGUAUAAAGAUGACCAGUUGUAGUUUGAUAAAACCAGUUUCAUGAUCUUGGAACCAUCACACCAAAAGCACUACAGUAGUUCGCAUCCGAUCAAGUUCAUUAAGUUCUUUUUUAGAAAAUUUUACAGAUUUUGUUGAGUGGUGACAAUUUUUCAUAUUCUAGUCUAAUAACAUGUACCUACCUCUAAUAGAUUAUUGGGGAUUUUGAAUUGAUAUCAUCAUUUGAAAUUACAAUCGACCAAAUAACCCCCCCCCCUCAACAAAGGUAAAAUCGAGGUCAAUGUGACUUAAGGGGUGUAAAUAAUUGACAUUUUGUGAAAAAUGAUAAUUUCCUUAAUAAUUGUUGGUGCUAAAAAAUUUUCCAAGAACAAUAAUCUAUUAUCUUUCAAA